AAAUCAAAACUUCAUAUUCAGGGAAAAUAGACGUAAAAACCUUAGUAAAAAGUGAAAAACAAGAACUUUCAAUAUAUUUAUGCACAUAAUUUUAUUGGGUUGAGCAGUUUGCUGAACAUAAACUAUUGGCAGUACCUAAUAAGUUUUGAACAUGGAAAUUGAAACAGAAGGUUUUGAUCAAAGAAAUGAUAAAAAAUCAACUAAUGAAUCGGGAAGCCCCAAAUCUCGUUCUUCAUCAGCUGCUUCCAACAAAUCUAGUAGGAGCAGAUCUCGUUCUGGAAGUCCUACAGCAACCAAUGAUGGUGAUGUAUCAGGAAGAAGAAAAUCUCGAUCACCUUCACGGGAGUCUCGAUCUAGAUCUCACAGUAGGGUUGGUUCUAGAGCCUCUAGAUCACGAUCUCCUUCAGGUGGAUCUAGACAUUCUCAGAAGUCUGGAGUAUCUAGGUCUCCAUCAGGAGGAUCAAGACAAUCAAAUUCCAGAUCACGUUCGAGAUCACAAACCAGAAGAAGUAGAUCUCGCUCUGGAUCAAUAAAUGCUGCAGAUACAAAAGAAAAAUCUGUAUCUCCAGCACAAAAUAGAUCUAGAUCAGGUUCACGUAAGUCUAGAUCUAAAUCUAAAUCACCUGCUGCUAGAUCACGUUCAAGAUCUGCACAAUCUGAUUCAAGAAAAUCGCGGUCUAGAUCCCGUUCAGGUUCUGCCAAGGCAAGAUCGAGGUCAGGGUCAAGAAAAUCUCGAUCAAGAUCAGCUUCUGUCAAAGAUAGGUCUGGGUCUGCAUCUAGAAAAUCAAGAUCUAGGUCACGUUCUGGCUCAGCUGAGGCAAAGUCAAGGUCAGGAUCUAGAAAAUCCCGAUCUAGGUCACGCUCAGGUUCAGCCAAGUCAAGGUCAAAGUCAGGCUCCAGGAAAUCUAGAUCAAGGUCACGUUCAGGUCCGGAGGACGCAAAGUCUGGAACGAAAAAAUCAAGGUCUAGGUCUCGUUCAGGCUCAACUAAGGCGAUUUCGGAGUCUAGAAAAUCAAGAUCUAGGUCCCGUUCUGGUUCAGGAUCGAGAAAAUCGAAGUCCAGAUCACGUUCUGGUUCUGCUAAGGCAAGGUCCCGGUCAGGAUCAAGAAAAUCAAGGUCACGUUCAGGUUCUGCCAAGGCUGCAUCCAGAUCUAGAUCACGUUCUGGAUCAGCGAAUGCUCGAUCUAGAUCUAGAAGUGGCUCAAGAAAAUCGAGAUCAGGUUCCAGAUCAAGGUCAGGAUCCAGAAGGUCACGGUCCGGAUCCGGGAAAUCCAGAUCCAGGUCUGGCUCUCGUAGAUCCAGAUCCGGUUCGGCGAAAUCAAGGUCUAGAUCUGGUUCGAGAAGGUCGAGGUCAGGCUCCGCCCGAUCAAGGUCGGGCUCGCGCUCGAGAAGGUCGCGAUCGGGGUCGAGGAGAUCGAGGUCAGGUUCGAGGAGAUCGAGAUCAGGCUCGAAGAGAUCGAGAUCAGGGUCGGCCAGGUCUCGGUCCGGUUCGAGGCGUUCUAGAUCAGGCUCAAGGUCGCGGUCGGGUUCAAGACGUUCGAGAUCGGGCUCUGCCAAGUCUCGAUCGGGCUCUAGACGGUCUCACUCUGGCUCCCGCAGGUCGAGGUCGGGUUCGCGAAGGUCGAGGUCGGGUUCGCGAAAGUCGAGGUCGGGAUCUAGAAGAUCGAGAUCGGGUUCGCGAAAAUCAAGGUCGGGUUCACGAAGGUCAAGAUCGGGUUCACGAAGGUCAAGAUCGGGUUCACGAAGAUCAAGAUCGGGUUCACGAAGAUCAAGAUCUGGAUCGCGAAGGUCAAGAUCGGGUUCCAAGUCGAGGUCUAGAUCCCGAUCGGGCUCGAUUAAGCGUGGUAGCAAACGUGCGUUGCUCUCCGAUUCCGAGGAUGAUGGCGGAAUUAAACCGAAAGCAGCCAAAACAGUAUUGAGCGACGACGAAGACGAUGCUGGUCCUUCGGAAGUGCAGCAGGAGGGGGCACCUGAAGAGGAGGAGCAGCAGGCGCCGCAGCAGGACGAUUACGAUUCCGACGAGGGCGUAGAUAGGCAUGGAGGAGAUGAUAAUCAUGGUUUGUCUGAUUUUGAUGUGAUGUUACAAAAAAAACGUGAAGAGGGUAACAGGAAACGCAAACGUAAGGAUAUUGAUAUUAUCAAUGAUAAUGAUGACAUCAUUGCCGGACUACUUGGAGAUAUGAGGAAUGCAGCCGAGGAAGACAGAAAACUAAAUCAAGCUUUGAAACCAGCAACAAAGAAAAUUGGAAUGUUAGCCAAAGUCAUGUCACAGUUGAAAAAACACGAUUUACAGUUAGCUUUUAUAGAACACAAUGUUCUCAGCGUUUUGACAGACUGGUUGGCGCCUAUGCCUGAUAGGUCCAUGCCUUCAUUGCAAGUUAGAGAUGCUUUGCUAAAAUUGUUAGCAGAUUUCCCAAAAGUAGACCAGUCCACUCUGAAGCAUUCAGGCAUUGGAAAGGCUGUCAUGUAUUUGUAUAAACAUCCAAAGGAAACCAAAGAAAAUAGGGAAAGAGCAGGAAGAUUGAUCAGCGAGUGGGCUAGGCCGAUUUUCAAUUUGUCAACGGACUUCAAAGCUUUGAGUAAAGAAGAGAGGUUGCAGAGGGAUUAUGAACAAAGAGGUGGUAAGAGGAGGAGGUCUGAAGAUGGCGAGUCAUCACAAGAGCGGAAAGAACUAACGCAAGCCCUAAAUGCUGAGGGAAAACCCCUGAGGCCUGGCGAAAAAGGCUGGGUUGCUCGAGCUAGGGUUCCAAUUCCAUCAAAUAAAGACUACCUUGUCCGACCAAAAUGGCAGUCAGAAGUUGAUAUUAGUACGACUACGAAGAAGGGCAUGAAUAGAUUUGAGAAGCACUAUAAGAACUUCUUGGAUACAAAGAGAUUGAAGCAGACCAGAAGAGCUGUGGAAAUUUCGAUAGAAGGAAGAAAGUUAGCUUUGUAAUUAUUAAUGAUAGCAAUUAAGUUUUUAGAGUAGCUGAACUUUCAUAAGUCUUUUUUGUAAGAAUGAUUAUAAUGUAU